AUGGGCAGUAACUGCUCCACUCCAGCCAAUCAAACCAGAAAACUCUGCCCCCCUAUGCCAGCAGAGCUCCCCAAAGUCCCUGCUGGGGUGCUGGGCAGGAUGCUGAGAUCUCCAGGCCACUUGGCUGGUGAUGCCUCCCCAACAUGGGAGACUAAGAGGAAAGCUGGGCCCACGCAAGUGGAACCCUGUCUCCACAAGGUCAGGGUCCGAGAUGGCCUGGUGGAGCGGCAACUGCCCAGUGGUGACCACGUGACUGCACCUUUCAAAAGAACAAUUCAGAAUCAACCAAUAACAGCUUCUGGAGCUCUUAAAACCAUUGACCAUUCUGAAGCAAAGGUGGGGUGCUACCCUUGUACUGUCAGUGUGACUGUCUUGGGCAGGGCAAUCGGCUCCCACUCACGAUCUAUCUGA